AUGCGUAUCGUUAAUGCAUACGAACUGGCAUCCCGUCGGAUGUUUCUUUUGACCAAGGGAAAAUGGGCAAGAAUUUCGUUUAAUGUCUGGAGAGAGGUCGUUUUUGAACCUUUUCCGCGAUAGUCGAACACCGUUAGAUUCAAUAAGAAACAAACUUGUGACACUAAUUUAUUUUGUCAUUGUUCAAAGCCCGAGUGUUGGGACGACAUGGUACAGUGCGAGGGAUUUAAGACUGCCUCGGAGGACGAGUGGCUCUGCAUUGUCUGCAGAUUGCCAGACUCUAGACGUCUUCGUAAUUGUUAA